AACACGCCCAGUCGAGGCGGCCCGGAAAGGAAGUGGGUGGUGGAGCCGGCGCUCGGUGCGUCUGCGCGAAGAUGGUAGAGGAGAGCGUCCGCGUGGUUCGAUGCGGCGGUAGCCGGCUGAACUUCAGGAGGGCCGUGUUCUCUGCGGAUUCGAAGUAUAUCUUCUGUGUCUCAGGAGACUUUGUUAAGGUUUAUAGCAGUGCCACAGAAGAGUGUGUACACGUUCUGCACGGGCAUGAAGACGUGGUGUCAGGAAUUCUCCUCAACCCCAACAACCAUCUGCAGCUCUUCUCUUGUUCCUUUGAUGGCACAAUUAAACUGUGGGACUACCUUGAUGGCAUUUUGAUAAAGACGUUCAGAGUUGGACCUAAACUCCAUGCCAUCUUUAUUCCUGCCCGAGCCGAAGAUUCUGUCUUCCUUACAAUAAGUAAAGAAGAACCAGACAUAUUUCAGCUGGUUUCAGUGAAGCUGCCUAAGUCAUCCAGCCAGGACGUGGAAGCUAGGGAACUGUCCUUUGUUUUGGAUUAUGUAAAUCGCUCACCCAAGUGCAUUGCCUUUGGAAAUGAGGGGGAGUAUAUUGCUGCAGUGCGGGACUUUUACUUAUCUGUUUACUUUCUCAAAAAGAAGAAAACAUGCAAUUUUACUUUACCAUCAACCAAAAAUAAGAAGAAUGCUAAGAACAAGUUUACCUGUGUAGCAUGCCACCCCAAGGAAGACUGCAUCGCAUCUGGCCACAUGGAUGGCAAAAUCCGCCUUUGGAGGAAUUUUCAUGAUGAUAAGAAAUACACAUAUACGUGUUUGCAUUGGCACCAUGAUAUGGUUAUGGAUUUGGCUUUUACAGUGACAGGCACCAGUCUGCUGAGUGGCGGGCGCGAAUGUGUGCUUGUAGAGUGGCGAGAAGGAUCAGAGAAGAACAAGGAGUUUCUCCCUCGCUUGGGAUCUACUAUUGAGCACAUCUCUGUGUCACCUGCGGGAGACUUGUUCUGUACUUCACACUCUGAUAACAAGAUAACAGUUAUUCACCGAAAUCUCAGCGCAUCUGCUGUCAUUCAAGGCCUAGUCAAAGAUAGGAGUAUAUCUACUGGCCUGAUGGUCGACCCAAGAACCAAGGCUUUGGUUUUGAAUGGAAAGCCUGGUCACCUGCAAUUUUAUUCUCUCCAGGGUGAUAAGCAGUUAUAUAAUUUAGAUAUCAUACAGCAAGAGUACAUCAACGAUGACGGUCUAAUCCAGAUUGAACUAGUGAAGGCUGCCUUUGGCUGUUCUGGCACUUGGCUGGCAACAGUUGAACAACGACAAGAAAACAAAAGUGAGCUCGAACUGCAAAUGAAACUGUGGACCUAUAGCAAGAAAACCCAAGGGUUUGCUCUUAACACAAAGAUCACCAUGCCGCAUGAUGACCACAUCACAGCUCUCUGUUUCAAUAAUGCAGAAAACUAUGAAAAACCCAUACUGGUCACAGCUAGCAGAGAUGGCCACUUCAAAGUGUGGGCGUUAGUGGAUGACUCUGAUAUAUAUAAAAAAGCCAUUGGCUGGACCUGUGACUUUGUGGGUAGUUACCACAAGUAUCAAGCAACCAACUGCUGUUUCUCUGAAGAUGGCUCCUUACUAGCAGUUAGUUUCGAAGAAAUAGUCACAAUAUGGGAUUCAGAAACAUGGGAACUAAAAUGUACAUUUUGCCAACGAGCUGGGAAGAUAAGGCACCUGUGCUUCGGAAGACUAACAUGCUCCAAGUACCUUCUCGCCACGACCCACAAUGGCAUACUCUGCUGUUGGAACCUGCUCAGCUGUUCAAUGCAGUGGAGUGCGAAACUGAACGUUAGCGUUUUGGAACCCGACCCCUACUCAGACUAUGUUGCUGCAGUGUCUCGGUCUACAGCGGGCUCAGAUCUGUUUGUAUUCAAACCUAGUGAGCCAAGGCCAUUGUAUAUUCAAAAGAAUGUCUCCAGAGAGGAAGUCCAGUGGGGAGUGUUUGUACCUCGAGAUGUCCCUGGAUCAUUCACCUCAGAAGCUCACCAGUGGCUGAAUAGGUCCCAGUUUUACUUCCUAACGAAAUCACAGUGUUUAUUAACAUUUAGUACGAAGUCUCCAGAAGAGAAACUCACACCAACAAGUAAACAGCUGCUGGCAGAGGAAAGUCUGCCGACAACCCCAUUUUCUUUGAUAUUGGGAAAACACAGGCAACAGCAGGAGGCAAGGUUGAAUGGAACAUCAGAGAAUGAACUGAUACAACUCCCCUUAACAGAGAACAUACCUGCAAUUAAUGAGCUGCUUCACACCCCAGCCCACGUACUGCCAUCGGCUUCUUUCCUGUGCUCCCUGUUUAUAAACUCACUGCUGCUGUCUAAAGAGACUAAAAGUUCUGAAGAAAUUCCUGAUGAUGUAGAUAUGGAAGACAAAGAAGAAAGUGACAGUUCAGAUGAAGAAAAGGAUUUCACUGAAAAAGCCCAGGAAACAAAUAACACGGAUUUGGGGGAAGAUGUUAUACAUCAGCUGUCAAAAUCUGAAGAGAAAGAGCUGAGAAAGUUCCGAAAAGUAGACUACAGCUGGCUAACUGCUCUGUAGGCCGAGACUCUAGCUGCCGACCGAGGCACAGCAAGUCACUAUUGUACUUAAUUUUUUACUGUCUGUUAGCUCUCAAAAUACUUUAUUUUAUUAAGACAAAAUAUUAAAAGUCUUUUGUUUA